AUUCAGGAAGCUACCAAACUCAACGGUGGCAUCUACCUCUCCCUUGACAAUGCCAAGCUGGCUGCUGAUGACUUCAGGGUCAAGUAUGAGAAUGAGCUGGCCAUGCGUAUGUCAGUGGAGUCUGACAUUGCUGGACUGAGGAGGGUCCUGGACGAGCUGACUAUGGGCCGCAGCGACCUGGAGAUGCAGAUCGAGGGUCUGAAGGAAGAGCUGAUCUUCCUCAAGAAGAACCACGAGGAGGUCAGU